UUUAGUCAAACAUUUGUGCUUACUUUUGCAAUCAAAAUCUUCUUUUUUUCCAACGUUAAUUCACACAAGCUCAAACAAAGUCUCUCUUCAAAUUUUAUUACUUUCUCAAUUAAAUUCUUAUGCUUUUGAGAAGAUGGAAACAAUGAAACCAAAAUCAGCCAUGAACAACCGAAGCAAGAAAUUCGCCAAAACAUUCCAAAGGGUGAUUAAUCUCAAAAGCGCAACGAAAAUUGCAUCAAACAAUGGAAUUUGCAUGCUCAAUUCAAAUCUCAAAGUGAAAGAAGAUCAAGAACCUUUCACAGAUCAUCAUAUCAAUAACAACGGCAACCAAAACAACAAGAAUAACAAUAAGAACAAGAACAAAAACAAAGCAGUUAUGGAAGCUCUAAUUGCGAGGCUUUUCGCCGGAGUUACGACGAUCAAAGCAGCGUAUGCAGAGCUUCAAAUGGCUCAACAUCCAUACAAUAAUGAUUCGAUCCAAGCAGCGGAUCAAGCGGUGGUGGAAGAACUAAGAUCUAUAUCAGAAUUGAAAAGAAGGUUUUUGAAAAAAGAGCUUGAUCUUUCACCUCAAGUUACGAUAAUGCUGGCAGAGAUUCAAGAACAACAAAGCAUAAUGAAAACGUAUGAAAUCACCAUCAAGAAGAUUCAAGGAGAGGUUGAUGCUAGAGAUUCUCGAAUCGAAUCUCUUAGGCAAAAACUUGACGAGUGCAUUUCAUUCAAUAAAUCACUUGAGAAAAAGCUGAAUUCAAAUGCUUCUUUGUCACUCUUUGUUAACCUUGAACUUUCAUCGUUGAAUCAUACUCACUUUGUUUAUUUUCUUCACCAUACACUGAGAUCAAUACGGAGUUUCGUGAAACUUAUGAUUGAAGAAAUGGAAUCCGCGAAUUGGGACGUUGAAGCAGCGGUUAAAUUCAUUCAUCCAAACGCGGUUUUCAGUAAACCGAGUCAUCGUUGUUUCGCUUUUGAAUCAUUCGUUUGCAUAACAAUGUUUGAAGGCUUCAAUUAUCCAAAUUUCACUUUUUCAAAUGAAGCUCUUCACAACACUCAUCAGAAUCUCUACUUUGAAAAAUUCAAGAAGCUGAAAUCUCUGAAUCCAAAACAGUACUUAGAAAACAAUCCAAACUCGUCUUUUGCCAAGUUUCUAAAAUCAAAAUAUCUUCAACUUGUUCAUGCUAAAAUGGAGUGUUCUCUGUUCGGAAACUUGAACCAGAGAAAGCUAGUGAACUCUGGAGAGUUUCCAGAUUCUGCUUUUUUCUUAGCUUUUUCUGAGAUGGCAAAGCGCGUUUGGACUCUGCAUUACUUAGCAUUGUCAUUUCAAGAAAAUGUCACCAUUUUUCAGGUCAAGAAGAAUUCUAGAUUCUCUGAGGUUUACAUGGAAAGUAUCACAGAAGAAUCAGUUUCAACAACUACUUCAUGUUCAAGGGAUUCUACAGACUCUAAUUCCGGCGAGCUUCGGGUGGUUUUCACGGUGGUGCCGGGUUUCAAAAUUGGUAAGACAGUGAUUCAGAGUCAGGUUUACCUAUCUCUUCUAGAUCCUUCUGCAAAUUCCUAUAGAAAUUAGUUUUUCAUUUCAUGUCAUAUUAACAAUAUAUUAUGAGUAUAUUAAUAUAUUCAUAAUAAUGUAUAAUGUAUUAUUAUUGAGUAUAGAUUCUAAGGAUUAGUUUUUAUUUAAAAAUAUUUAUAAAAUAUAAUAACCAUUUCAUUGUUGUUAAUUACUUGAGGAAAAAUAGGGAUGUUUAGGUGCAAAUGUUAUACAUUUUUUGAAAAAAAAAUCUUAAGUUUUCUGCAAUUGUAGAUGUAGUGUGCACAUUAUCUAUGUAUGUAUGUAUGAAAGGAUGGUAUUAUAGUGUAAUCAGAUAAAGAUAUUUU